CGCGCCCCGCGCCUCAGCGCCCCGGCCCCGCCGAUCGCCCGCCCGCCCUCACGGCUCCGGCCCCGCCAUGGACACCGGCAGCAAGAUGACGGCUCGCCUGAUGCUGGCAGUGGGAGGAGCAGUGCUGGGCUCUCUCCAGUUCGGGUACAACACCGGCGUCAUCAACGCCCCGCAGAAGGUGAUUGAGGACUUCUACAACCUCACGUGGCUGAACCGAUACGGGGAGCCCAUCAGCCCUGCCACCCUCACCACGCUCUGGUCCCUCUCGGUUGCCAUCUUCUCUGUCGGGGGCAUGAUCGGCUCCUUCUCCGUGGGGCUCUUUGUCAAUCGCUUUGGAAGGCGCAAUUCCAUGCUGAUGUCCAACAUCCUUGCCUUCGUGUCAGCUGUGCUCAUGGGCUUCUCCAAGAUGGCUUUCUCCUUUGAGAUGCUCAUCCUGGGCCGCUUCAUCAUCGGCCUCUACUCCGGCCUCACCACGGGUUUCGUGCCCAUGUACGUGGGUGAGGUGUCCCCUACUGCCCUGCGAGGGGCCCUGGGCACCUUCCACCAGCUUGGCAUCGUCCUGGGCAUCCUCAUUGCACAGGUGUUUGGUUUGGACUUGAUCAUGGGAAACGAGUCUCUGUGGCCGCUGCUGCUGGGCUUUAUCUUCGUCCCUGCGCUGCUGCAGUGCAUCAUCCUGCCCUUCGCCCCCGAGAGCCCCCGCUUCCUGCUCAUCAACCGCAAUGAGGAGAACAAAGCCAAGAGCGUCCUCAAGAAGCUGCGAGGCACGACGGAUGUGAGCAGCGACCUGCAGGAGAUGAAGGAGGAGAGCCGGCAGAUGAUGAGGGAGAAGAAGGUGACCAUCAUGGAGCUGUUCCGCUCGCCCAUGUACCGCCAGCCCAUCCUCAUCGCCAUCGUCCUGCAGCUCUCCCAGCAGCUCUCGGGGAUCAACGCGGUCUUUUACUACUCCACCAGCAUCUUUGAGAAGUCAGGGGUGGAGCAGCCUGUCUAUGCCACCAUUGGCUCUGGCGUGGUGAACACAGCCUUCACGGUGGUCUCGCUCUUCGUGGUGGAGCGAGCCGGACGCAGGACCCUGCACCUCAUUGGGCUGGCAGGGAUGGCUGGGUGUGCCAUUCUCAUGACCAUCGCCCUCACGCUGCUGGACCAAAUGCCCUGGAUGUCCUACCUCAGCAUCGUGGCCAUCUUUGGGUUUGUGGCCUUCUUUGAGAUCGGCCCAGGCCCCAUCCCGUGGUUCAUCGUGGCCGAGCUGUUCAGCCAAGGGCCCCGUCCCGCUGCUUUCGCCGUGGCCGGGCUCUCCAACUGGACCUCCAACUUCAUCGUGGGCAUGGGCUUCCAGUACAUUGCGCAACUCUGCGGCUCCUACGUCUUCAUCAUCUUCACGGUGCUGCUCGUGCUCUUCUUCAUCUUCACCUACUUCAAGGUGCCGGAGACCAAAGGCCGGACCUUCGACGAGAUCGCCUCGGGCUUCCGGCAGAGCGGGGGCGGCCAGAGCGACAAGACCCCGGACGAGUUCCACAGCCUGGGCGCUGACUCGCAGGUGUAACCCGGACCCCGGCUCUGCCGCCGCCCCCCGACCCGGGGGGACUUUUUAAAACACUUUGUACAGACCCCAGGCAGGAGGGAGUGGAGUGUGGAGGGGGGAUCUGGCUCUGAUGCCCCCUCUCCAGCCUCUCCCAGUGCUUUACUGGGGACAGACUGAGCUAUUUUAUUUUAUUUUAUUUUAAUUUUUUCUGCUAGGAACGAAUUUUAUUUAAUUUUUUUUAGUUGGUUUCGCGUCCAAGAUUUCAAAGCCAAUAGGUGUUUUGAAACCCAGCCAUGCAGCCCCCAGCACAGGAGGGCAAUUCCCUGUUUUUUUUUUUUUUUUUAUUGACGACGCGAUAGUUAUUUAACGGAAAAUCACGUAGAGGAAGUUUUUAAAAAAAAAAAGCUGGAAACUUAUUUUUUAACAUUCUAAUCAUAGAGAAAAAAAAAAACCACAAAAA